AUGUCUUCCAACGAGAACAACAACAAUAACGCCGUCGCGCCCGGCAACGGCAACACCGCUGCUGACAAGGUCACCGGCGCAGCCAAGUUUGUCACCGGCGCCAUCGGCAACACCCUCGGCGGCGUGGGCCGCACGGUCGGCAACGUAACCGGUGCCGCGGGCAAGGGCGUCGGCGACACCUUCAACAACGUCACGGGCGACCGGGCCAAAUUUGUCGGCGACGGCGUCUCCGGCCUGGGCACAGGUAUCCAGAGCGGCCUUGGCAGCGUGUCGCAGGGCGUCGAGAAUGCCGGCCAGUGGAAGCUGGGAACCGGGGGACAGGCGGAAAAGCCAGCGGAGAAGAAGGAGCAAAUAUAA